UUUUCAUCAGGAUAAAUAUCUUAAAAUACAAAAUGGUUGACAUUUAAUAAUUAAAACCUAAUAAAUUUUAUUUAAAAUGAUUACCUACGAAUUAAUGUUAGUUCUCCGUGUUAUGCCAAAGCCUGAAUUGGUGUCUACUUUAAAGAGAAUAGCCCAAUGUAUUUAUGACAAGCAAGGAAUUAUAAGAAAAGUAGAGAAUUUAGGAACAAAAUCUUUGCCGUUUAAAAUAAGUAUACAUGGGAAUGUUUACAGAGAUGCAAGUUACUACUUGAUGGAAUUUAACACUCCACCUCAUUCUGUUGAAGAACUUGCAGAAGAAUAUAACAGGGAUGUGGAUAUUAUAAGAAAACAGAUCUACAAGAAAGCAGCCGAGGAAUUCAAAGAAUGUACACUUGAUGAAGAAUUACAACCAGCACCUUAUCGUAAAGAUGUGCAGGAAUUACUUAAGAAAUCAGAAAGUUUACACAAGCCCAAAUUUGAUUAUAGGACUGGUUUGGACUAUUAUCCAUUUCAGAAAUAGUUUUCUUAGUGCAAAUACUGUGUAAUGAAAAUAAAAAAGUGUUUAAGUUGCUCAAAAAUGAUUUAUUUUGUUCUAAAAUCAUUUAAUAUUCUUUCUACAUCCUGUUGUAAUUUUCAAAUUGUAAACUAUUUAAUUUAAUAUAAACUGAUUUCCUUUGUGAAUUUGUAUUUCACUCCAUUUUACAUUUUUGUAGUAGUAAAUAGUUUAAUAAACAAAUCUAUUAGUAA